AGCAGAGAAAAAGCUCAGGCGAGCUUCUCUCCCUCAUCUGCUUCCUGGAAUCCUAAAUUCUAAUUCCCCACCAAAACCCUAGGAGAGGACCAAUCAUGGAGUCCAUGUCCAUAAAUGGUGCCUCUUCUGUUUCUUCAUCUCCUUCUCUGUCUCAGCAUAAUGACGCACCGCCACCAGCUUCACCAAACCAGAAUGCAAGUGAUACGGAGCGCCGCAACUCUGCGCCGCCGGUCUUACUGGGGGACGGCUGCGAGAAGCUCUACGACGCCUACAACGAGCUGCACGGCCUGGCCCAGGAGUUCCACACCCCCUUCGACGCACCGGCCAUCCUCGUCGUCGGUCAUCAGACGGACGGGAAGAGCGCCCUCGUGGAGGCGCUCAUGGGGUUCCAGUUCAACCACGUCGGCGGCGGGACAAAGACCAGGCGGCCCAUUACUCUGCACAUGAAGUACAACGCCUUGUGCGAAGAGCCGCUCUGUCACCUCGUCUCCGAGGGCGAUCCGAUGCUGUCGGAGGAGAAGAGCCUUGACGAGAUUCAAGCAUAUAUUGAAGCUGAAAACAUGAGGCUUGAGCGUGAUGCAUGCCAGUUCUCUACAAAGGAAAUAACAAUUGGAGUUGAAUAUAAAUACUGCCCAAACCUCACAAUCAUUGACACACCAGGCCUUGUUGCUCCCGCUCCAGGCAGGAAAAAUAGAAUGUUGCAGGCUCAAGCACGCUCAGUUGAAGCUCUUGUGAGAGAAAAGAUGCAGCAUAAGGAGUUUAUCAUUCUCUGCCUUGAAGACUGUAGUGAUUGGAGUAAUGCUACAACUCGUCGGGUGGUGAUGCAGAUUGAUCCUGAACUGUCAAGGACUGUUGUGGUCUCCACAAAGCUUGACACUAAAAUUUUGCAAUUUGCACGGUCUUCUGAUGUCGAAGUGUUUCUGAAACCACCUGCCCGCACUCUUGAUGGGAGCAUUUUGGGGGGAUCUCCAUUCUUCACGUCUGUACCAUCUGGAAGAGUGGGUUCUGGACAUGAAUCUGUUUUUAGGUCAAAUGAUGAAUUUAAACAGGCUGUUUCUUUGAGGGAAAUACAAGAUAUUGCUUCUUUGGAAGAAAAAUUAGGCCGCUCUUUGUCAAAGGAUGAAAGAUCAAGAAUUGGUGUUAGCAGCCUUAGGUUGUUUCUUGAGGAACUACUGCGGAGAAGAUACAUGGACAGUGUCCCUCUGAUAAUCCCCCUUCUUGAGAAGGAAUACCGCAGCACCACAAGAAAAUUGCAUGAAAUAAGCCAGGAACUGAACAACAUGGAUGAAGUAAAAUUGAAGGAGAAGGGACGUGUUUUUCACGAUUCACUGUUAACCAAGCUUUCACUACUAUUGAAGGGAACCGUGGUUGCACCUCCUGACAAAUUUGGAGAGACAUUACAAGAUGAAAGGGUCAAUGGAGGAGCUUUCCAUGGCACCGAUGGCCUUCAGAUUCCAUACAAGUUCAUGCCAAAUGCAGGAAUGCGUCUUUAUGGAGGUGCACAAUAUCAUAGAGCUAUGGCUGAAUUUCGCUUUGUGGUUGGUGGUAUUAAGUGUCCUCAAAUUACUCGAGAAGAAAUAGUGAAUGCAUGUGGAGUUGAAGAUGUUCACGAUGGGACUAACUAUUUCAGGAGUGCUUGUGUGAUCGCUGUUGCAAAAGCGAGGGACACAUUCGAACCUUUUCUCCAUCAGUUGGGGUUUAGACUUCUUCACAUUUUGAAGAGACUGCUUCCCAUCUCUAUCUACCUACUGCAAAAAGAUGGUGAAUAUUUUAUUGGCCACGAUGUAUUUCUGAGGCGUGUUGAGGCAGCAUUCAAUUCUUUUGCAGAAUCUACGGAGCGAGCAUGUCGUGAAAAAUGUAUGGAAGACUUAAUGAGCACAACUCGAUAUGUGACUUGGUCUCUGCACAAUAAGAAUCGAGCUGGCUUGCGCCAUUUUUUGGAUUCAUUUGCUGGUACUGAGCAUUCCACUCUUGGUGGUGCAUCUAUUGUUGGAAUCGCUUCUCAAGAAAUAGCUAAUGGAUCUGCUGCUACUGAGAACAAACAAGAAAACAAGGCCAAGGGUGAUGUGAAACACAACCAUGUUGGACUAGAAACAAGUGCCUGUACCCAGACCACUGAAAUGAGAUUGGUUGACCUGCUGGACAACACACUGUGGAAUAGAAGACUUGCUCCAUCAUCUGAGAGAAUUGUUUAUGCAUUGGUACAGCAAAUUUUUCAAGGCAUAAGGGAGCACUUUUUGGUAUCUGCAGAACUUAAGUUCAACUGUUUCCUCCUCAUGCCUGUGGUUGAUAAGUUGCCUGUCCUACUGCGGGAAGACUUGGAAUCUGCUUUUGAGGAUGAACUAGACACAGUCUUCAAUAUCACUCAUCUUAGACAUUCUCUUGGACAAAGGAAACGUGAACAUGAGCUUGAAUUGAAGCGGAUUCUGAGGCUGAAGGAAAAAUUUAAAGUCAUUCACCAGAACUUGACAUCACAAAUAGCCAAGGACGCUUGUAAUGGAAUUAAAUCAUUGACAUUGAUAGAUGGACAGAGGUGAAUAUUUUUGUCAUGGGUUGCAGUAUGGAGCUUUGCUUCAUCUCCUUCUAUAUGGCAUUCGGGAAGCGAUACCAGAGACUGGUUGUCUUGAUUUACUGGAAUGGCUGAAUCAAGUCAAUUUCUGCCAGUUAUGGAGCCACAGCAUCUGUCUCUAAAUUAAAUGCUGAGUAAUGAAUCAACGGAAUUGGUUCUUCAUGCUAAACACUACGUUGCCUCUGUGGUAAAUGGACUCUAGCACUUUGGUUUGUAUGGAUAUCUCUUCCAUAACAGAAUGUCAAGCAUUUGUUUAUAGAGAUUUGCUUUUCUUGUUCAUUCUGUGUUUCUCGUAAGCUAUAAAUUUGUUCAUUGCGGA